AUGCCUUCAGAAGGGAGGUGCUCGAGAGGGAAAAACAGGUCGAAGAGCAAGGCUUUGAAAGGGACCCGCAUACGGCUGGUCAGAUGUGAUGAGUCCCACCCUGCCGAAAACGUGGUGGAGGGGUCGCAUGUCAGCAGCACCACCCCCAACCGUGGCGGCCAUCCCAUCAUGGCCGCCGCGCCUCAGCCCGGCUGGGAGGCGUCCCUGCUGGGCCUUGGAGCUGAGAGGCGCCAGUCUCUGAUGAAUAUGUGGGCCGAAAAUCGCUUGGUCCUUUUCCUGCUCACCAUCCUUCUCAUGACGCUGCUGUGCUACCAUUUGGGUUUCAGAUUCUCAAACUCUGAGACUGAAAGCGAGUAUAUUAUGUGGAACAGUGAAAACACUAACGGACAAUCUACUGCACAAAGAGUUCUGAUAAGUUUCUUCUUUCCCACAACAUGCAUUGUAAAGGAGAAUCAGGAAGUGAAUGAUUGCAAUAAUCUGCCAAAUCUUAACAAGAGUGCAUGUUUGGAACACAGAUGCUGUUAUUCAUCAUUUGGGACCAAUAACUUCCGCUGUUUUGCCCCAUUAAGCAAUAAACCUUUGCAAAUAUUCCGGAUUUUUGGAUUUGGUGUGGUUAGCAUGAUCAUCCUAGGAUGUCUGCCCAUUUAUUUCUUUUCUCUUCGCUGGAGAAGCAAAUGGGCCAAUUAUUUAAGAAGGAAAAUUAACAAGAUUUUCAAGAAGUUGAAGAAACAAAGAAACAAACUAAAGAGAGAUGCUGAAAUGUUAAGGGCAGCAAUUGAAAAUGAGGAAGGAUUCAGUGAUGGAAAGGAACAAGAGGAUUAA